AUGGAUCCAACCUCGAGAUCUCCCGACCUUACAGAUCGCGCUGCCUCCGCUGAAGCCAGCACGACUCGGCCAAACCCAUUUGAUGACAGCGAUAUCUCGUCUCGCAAACGCCGGCGCACUUCUCUCUCUGGGUCUCCUGCAAAUUCUCUCGAUGCAGCGAAUCCCAUCCACGACUCCUCCAGCUCCACCACUCUCGACACCGAUCCUGCCUUGCCUCGACCUGACUCGGUUGCAGACUCUCCAACAGAUCCAGUUGCGCCUGAGACCCCCGAGUCAGGCUCUCACAUGUGUGAUCCUCCCACGGAACCUCCAUCCAGCAUGGUCACUCUCAACCUCAGAAAUGCGACCCAGAAAGAUUCGUCUUCGUUGCCAUCUUCCCCAACUACUGCGGCUCAGCCAGCUAUGACUGAGAACACGACUGAUGAUGUCAAUGACAAUGUUCAAGAGAGUGUUGAAGACUUUGAAGUCGACAUGAGUCAAGCUCCUCAGGACAAUGAUAUCUCACGACCAAGUUCCUCACAGUCUGUAACCCCGCCGAUCGAGAUUGUCUCCAUACAAUCAGAUGAGGAUAUGAUGUCCGACUACCAAAGUACUGGUCUCUCCUUAGUUGACAGUGACCUUGUCGCAAUCGAUCCAGUCAAUGAAUUCCCUUUCAACGAGCCCAAUGAGUCACUGGAAGGAAUGACGGCGCGGCUCGCGAACUAUUUUGGAUCACAAUCCUCAAUCGAUCCAAUGGUCAUUCAUAAACUGCAGCAAUGGCUAGAUCAGUAUCUCGAAUACACUAGGACUGUCGGUCGACAAACGGCACUGAGAUCGUGCCGUUUAAACGUUCCUUUCUGGGCCACCUUCCCACGCAUUAUUCCAGCAAUGGCUUUCCGCCGACCUCCACUUUACGAAGACGAAACACUUGUAGAACUCAGUAAUGCUCUGUUUGCAAGUUUCGCCAAACUAUCAGCUUGGUUUGUCGGUCAAGACAUCCUUGCCAUCAAGGAAUUCAUGUCAGACCAGGAGUCGCAGGAACGGCAAAUACCCGAUUUUUUGUCACCGAUUUAUCUCCACCAUCUUCAUUCAAUAACCCUACCACCGCGAUCCAGCGACAGUCAGACCGAUCAGGUUGCAAUUAUGGCCUCGUACUUCGUCAGAGCCUAUCAAACAAGUGCAAGUGGAAGCAUCGGCAGUCUUUUGCAGCUGACUAGGAGCUUGGCAGAACUUAUUCCUAGUUUUCCUCGUUUGACCAACGAUUUGGCAUGUAUUUGUCAAAUGGCGUCGGAUAUCAUGUCUGACACUCUAAACCUACGUAUUACCAGCAAUAAUUCUAUGUUCAAGCAGGAACUCGAGAACGGAUUCGCUCUGUACGAACUAAUUUGUAGUAUAUUUGAUGAUGUGAUCGAGAAAAAACCCUCGCAACUAUUCGCGGAUAACAUUCUCAGGGGUGUUUCAGCUUUGUCAGAUAUGAUCAAGACAGUCCUCAGAUGCGGCCUCCCGGUUGCAAGUCGUCUACUUCAAGAGCAUCAAAAAUCUUUUCCUGCAGUCUCUCAAGAUUAUGCUAUCGAGGCAAUUGCUCUCAAGCGGCGCUUUGAAACCUUCAUCAAACUUCUGCGGUCGAGCCAGAUGCAACUUCGAUUUCAAGGAACGACACAAAUGUGCAGAGAACUUGUCGAGUGUUGGAAAUUUCAAUCCGAACAAAGUGACACCGACAGCCUUGCUUACAUUGGGCAUAUUGCCGAGUAUCUAAUCGGGUCCGGGUUCAUCAACUACUUUUUAGGCUCUAAUUGCCAUCCCGAGAUCACCGUCGAAGGUGCUAACAUCGUUGGGUUCAUAAUAGUGACCAGGAACUAUCGCAAGGAGCAUAUAGACAUGAUAUGGCAAGGAAUCACGUCUGGGGAAGAUCCUCGUACAGUCGACGCCCUGGCGCGUAUGAUGAUUAGUAUUGCCCAUCUCUUUGACAUUGAAGGCCUAUUGGCUCUUUGCGAAAAGUUCCAGACACUCCCUAUAGAUGCUUUUACGCCCACUAUCCGAUUGCUUUGGGAACAUGUCAUGAAACCCAUGACCGAGAGGCUUGCAAUAGAGCAGCCCCUUGAAAUCCAGCCUUACAGCCUUUGUCUGCGGCUGUUGAGGGAGUCCUCUGUCUCCGCAGGCGGAUCGCAAUCCAUAUCCCCUGAAAUGCAACAAGCAACAGUGCAUAAGCUUCAGGAAUUGUUGAAAUACGGGCCGAGCCCCGAAGGACGAAAACAAUUGUACCUCAGCUGUCUUGAAGACAUUGCAAACAAGUCUACCACCACCCUGGGUAGUCUUUUCUUUCUGUCCAUCACGAUUCGGUCAAGAGUAAUGUCCACCGAACUACAUGAGCUAGUGGAAGAUCACGACUUCACGAGACUUCUUGUAGAAGAAUUGGAGCAUGCUAUCAAGGUCGGGCGAGCAAUGGAUGCUCAGAUGGUACUCGCCUCGCCCAUUUACCAGCCUCGAAAGGAAUUCAUUGCAGCCAUAAUCCAGUUGGAACCACAGAACAUCACUAAGGAGCUCGGUUUCAAACUCUGGGACAUGCUUGUUGGUUCUCUCUCACUCUCGGUGGAGGACAGGAGAGCUGGGUGGGACAUACUCAACACUCUCAAUCGGGGGGGCAACUUCGAUAUCCACACGAAUCAUUUUCUCCAGACUUGUCUACUGCACUUUCUUCCAACUCUUUCCGCUGAGUAUUUCUGUGAAGGUAUGCUGGAAUUUCUUCUAGCCGAGAUCAUGCCCCGUCUCAAUGAAAAAUCGGACCUUGCGCUCGAUGACCAGGAAGCGGUCAACAAAAGUGGUAUUGAACAAGUUUGGCGCAUCGCCCUUGAAGCCGAAGAUGAAGGUUUGGCCGAAAAGUCUCUCCGAGUCCUUACAAAAGAUAUCUACAUCGAAAACGAGUAUAUUUCCUCUGGUCCCGCGCAGCGAACGCAGUUGAUUCACCUAGCUCUGGUCGGACGGUGUUUAAACCAGUUGAAAGUUGCCGCCAAAGACCUGGAGGCUUUGGGCUGUAGCUCUGAAGGUGGUGAUGAUGGGGACAUGGUAUUUUCUGUCAAAGGCCAGAAGUUACUUGGCAAAGAAAGGAUAUUUGUCCGUUCCUUGAAGUUUCUCCGGUACAUGUUGGAUUCUCAUCGUUCGAAGCCACACUUGUCCACACCCGAUUUGAGAACGUUGAUUUCUCAAGCACCAUAUGCAGUUCAGGGUGAUUCAGCGGAACUCAAGUAUCAGUCAUUCGACGGCAAUCAGCAGACUGACAUCAAGCCACUUGUGAUCGGAAAAGGAAACACUGCAGCUUCUUUGCUUGCCAGCCUCCGUGAAGAAACCGGAUUUGAGAACUAUCGGAUCUACUACAGAGGCCAACCAUUUCUACCACGCGAGAACGACAUAUGCAAAUCUCUCAAAGAUCUUCGCGUGCACGACGGUCUUAUACUGGUCAGGCGUGAAGAAUCUGGUCCAACUCUCUCUAACCGUGUUACACCUGGUGCUUCUUCGCUUGAAAUCGAGAUCUCUGCUCAUUUUGAUGAGAUAUGGGAAUAUUUGAGUAUGAAAGAUUCACUCGCAGAAGAAAUCUUCACCUUCCUCACCCAACUACCGACAGACGGCCGUCUCUCGAAGCUUAUCGACAACGAACCAGCGACGUACAAAGAUGUCUUUCCCCCAGGGCAGCCCUUCAAGUCGCUUUAUGCUGUGCAUGCGUUGACCAAGUAUACCAAAGCCCUCUCCUCUAGUAACAGCAAUAGCGAUGGCAGCCAGAACGAUACAUUUUCACCUCGUUCUGUCUCGUACUCCAAAGCUCUGAAGACAGCCAUGUCCUUGGUUGUACAUGCUAUCUCAGACAAGGACGUCUUUGAACAAGCAUCAACGUUCAUGCGACUAAAGCUCACAACAAGUUUACUCCAGGCUUGCAAGCAGUUUCAUGACAGAAUCAGAGCAUCAGAACCAUCGGUCAUGUCGAAGACUCUGGUUAUACCAGAUCCAGAUCGACUGGUUGAGAUCCUGUUGUAUGCCGUAGAUUAUCCUGGCGAUGCGCCUUCAUAUGCCGUACACUUGGCACUUCUUCUUUGUAUACGACUCAGCGCCGUGGACAACCAAUUUUGGACAAAACUCAGCACAAACCCAAGCUUUGGACGAGUCUUGCGCUGUCUUCUACUAACCGAUCACCGUCAGGCCAUCAGAGCACGUUCGAUCAAGGUUAUCCAAGAGCUCUUCAAUGCUGUAGAGCAGGCACCUGCCGGUCAUGCUUCCGUCAGCACCCUCAAUGGUUCAGUAGCAGCAUACUUCUGGAUCGCCGCCAGAGAUCUCAUAUCGGAAGCAGCCGACUUUCCGCAUCAGUGCGAAGAGCUAUUCCGUUUAACUUACUUCCUGCUGGCCAGAAUCAGCAAGCAAGCGCCCGAAGUAGUGAACAUUGCAACACUGGCUGCUAAAGUCAGCCAACUUCUGCUAGAGCAUACAACAAGUGAGACUAUAGAAUCACCCGAUGUCGAGGAUACAUUAGCGAGAGGUUUGGCGUCUCUCUUGCAUCUUUGUCUGCAACUGGACGCUACUGUUGGCUUAUUUGAGGUACUCCCUAGGGACCUUGCUACGUCAUUAUUCUGGAAGCAGUUAUAUCCCAGCAAGUGUCUGCCAGACGGAGAGUCUGUGCCUAAAGUAAUCCUCAAUGGAGAAACUCGGUCCAAGCUUUGCGAAGUGGUAUCCCAUCUUGUGAAGCAUGACCGAGACGAGUUUCAAAUGGUUCUGGAAGGACUUGGCCAGCAAGUGCCAUUUUAUCAAGAUGACGAUGGCAUGUACGGUCCUCUAGUAAACCCGCACGUACUGACAAAUGUUCCAGAUAAUCCAUACCUAUACGAACUAUCCUACCACUUCGAGCGGUCCAAAGCACUCCGUGCUCCAUGUGGCUACGCAGGACUGCAGAACUUGUCCAACACCUGUUACCUGAAUUCCUUAAUGACGCAGCUGUACAUGAACACUGGUUUCCGGCGUUUCGUGCUCAGUUGCCGCGUUCGCUACCCUGAAAUUAACCAGCAACUGCUCGACAACACCCAGAAAUUAUUUGGCCAUAUGCAGGAGAGCUACCUUCGCUAUAUUGACCCGACGAAUUUUGUCAAUUCCAUCAAGACAUACGAUGACACUCUAAUUGAUAUCCACAACCAAAUGGAUGUUGACGAGUUUUAUAACCUUCUUUUUGACCGUUGGGAGAAUCAGCUUCUCGACCAGGACGAAAAGAGAAGAAUGAAGUCGUUCUACGGUGGACAGCUGGUACAGCAAGUGAAGUCCAAAGAAUGUGAGCACAUCUCUGAGCGCCUUGAGCCCUUUUCCGCUAUUCAAUGCGACAUCAAAGGGAAAAGCACACUAGAGGAAAGCCUACAGGCGUAUGUGGACGGUGAGAUCAUGGAGGGAGAUAACAAGUACAAAUGUUCAACCUGCGACCGCCAUGUUGACGCAGUAAAAAGGGCCUGUAUCAAAGACGUACCGGAAAACCUCAUCUUCCACCUGAAGAGAUUUGAUUUCAACCUACGCACCCUUCAGCGCAGCAAGAUCAAUGACUAUUUUUCGUUCCCAAGUCGAGUCGAUAUGCGACCAUACACCAUCGAACAUCUCAGUAACCCAGACAGUGAUAGCGAGGAGGAUAUUUUUGAAUUAGUUGGUGUGCUUGUUCAUUCUGGUACCGCCGAAUCCGGACACUACUACUCCUAUAUCCGCGAGCGCCCUUCCUCUGCCGACCGCCCAAGUUGGGUAGAAUUUAACGAUGACAUGGUAACUCCAUGGGAUCCGGCGGAGAUGGAACCAUCAACAUUCGGUGGCGCGGAACGUCCUCUUCACGACCCAAACGCCCUUGUGUACGACAAGAACUACAGUGCAUAUAUGCUAUUCUAUCAGCGCGCUUCGUCCUUGCGUGCUGAGCAAGAAACCAUGAUGAGUCUUGAUAUUUCUACACCUCUCCGUGUUGAGGUACCGGACAAGCUCAAAGACCAUAUCAGAGUCGAAAAUACAGUUAUCCUCCGCCGCCACUGUAUCUAUGACGAGACGAGCACUAGACUCGUUUUGACACUGUUCCGUCAAACACUGCUGCGCUGUGGUCCUGUGGACGCAAGCGCUACUUGCCUGAGUUCUAACGACUUCAUGUGUAAAUUUCAGCAGGAACAUGGGCUCCAGAAUUUGGCCAUGCGAACGUUACUUGGCCACCUGGACCAAAUUGUCACGAGAACAAGGGACAUUCCAGACUUCGAUUCAUAUUGUAGAAGUCUGAUGAGCGCGAUCACAUCUUGCCCUUAUUGUGCAUUUGCAUUCUACAGUUACUUUGACGAUUACCCCAACGCACUUCGCAUGAUGCUUCAACGAAACCCGGAUCAGGGAGUGCGAAGUUUCACUUGCAAGGCUCUGGUUACUGCGGUCAAGAAAAUAUCGGAGGCGUUUCCCAAUGUCUACGACCCACAAGAGUCAUACAGCCCAGUCUCUGGAUCCUAUGAAGACGAAGACCUUGAUCGGCAUGGCAUUUCUCAUCGCUCUGUCAUUGAUCGAGUACUGAUUAUUUUCGGUCAUCUUUGGAAGUUCUUCCACCUCCACAUCAAGGCCUGGGACGAGUAUUUUGGAGCAAUUCUAGGCUUUGCUGAACUGGGCCAUCGGGAGACUGGGCGCGUAUUGGCUGCAGACUUUCUGGUAAGGACUAUUCUAAUCAUCUCGGCCGACCCUCUACAAGAACUCACCGGAGUCUGGGCCAAAAUGCUUUCCAGUGUUAUUCGACGAAAUAAUAGUCCAAAACCCCCCUCGUAUGCAUCAAUCAUUGCCCUUGUCCAGCACUUGAUAAGCGAGAUGAAAUGGAAACUUGGGCCUGACGCAAUCGAGGAGGAUCCGACAGAGCGUCUUACACAAACAGCAGAGCCAUUCAGUUGGACAUCGCGUGAGAUAUCUCUCAUUUUCAGUGGCUUGGAGACUGCCCCUCAUGCUAGCCUAUUUGUCGAGAAGCUUCUUGCACUUGAUCAGAUACCAGCAUCCAGCGAUGCUAUCAUACGCCACUUGGUACGAUUGGAUGACAAAGUUGAUGACAGAGUCCUUUCAACACUGAAACAAUGUCUUCGUGGCGAAACCUCAACACAGGCUAUGGAUCCGUUCUUGCGGGCAGCCAUUCCCUAUAUCGAAAGUACCAACAAUCUCAACAACGCUCUGGAAAUAGUGCAGCAUAUGCUCACACAGGUGAGAAGUCUCCAGAACAAUGAGGGUGUGUUUUUCGUACGCUUCUUCGCGGUAGCGGUGAACCUUCAAAGAGAAGACGAAGAACUUGCCAGAGCAGUUCGCUCGUGCAGCCUUGAGCAAGUGCCAGAAUGGGUGCCUUUCCUUCUCGCGUGGCCUGAUCAGCGUGUGCGGGCCACCACAAAAGAGUUUCUCGAUAACGCUAUAUUCGAUAACCUGAAGGAUCACAUCCCGGUUGACGGCGAGAGUAUCUGGUAUGACAGAGAUGCCAUUGAGGAGACGACAAAGCAGGUCGGAAUCGCAUGUCUCGAGUACCUCAAAGACCACCACGUCCGCAGACGAACCAGCGUCGGUCGAGAAAUUGCGACCGAGUUCCUGGAUGUAAUUGAGCAAUGCAGUGCGGUAGUAAAUAUGGACUCAAGUGAGCAGAGUGACAUAGACGAAAGGUUCCGCAAACUACAGGAUGAUGUGAUCGAUCCUUUGCGCAAGCUUGUUGUUGAUGAUAUGGAAGACGACGGGACCGACUGGGAAGGGUCCUGCGGGUCAUCUGAACAGAUUGAUGACAUCGAGAUGAACAUUCCGGGUGUGAAGGAGCUGCACGAUAUGUAG